CAUGCUCAGGCAAAGAACGGGCUUGAAUGGAAUCUUUUACCUCCAACACUUCAUAGACAGCACACGAAAGGAUUGCUUUACCUGCUGAUUGGGAAUAAGUGAUUUGAAUAAUUGCUUAAGCCACUAUGGAGACAACCAGUGAUACUACAAAAAUCCUAGAGAAGGGUCCUGAAUACCUUCGAAAGCAAAUGGAACUGGAGAAUGAGGCGAAAGGGCGCAUGAGUGCGGUGGAAAGGCUCGCUGCAAGCAAACCAAAAUAUGUCAAGAGCCAACAGGUGGUCAACUCGACUCAGGAGCCAGUGAUCAGUCUUGGAUCAGCUUCUGUGAGUAGCACCGGGUCUUCUAACCGGAGUUCAAACCGUGGUGGCAAACUUGUCACAAGGAGUGACUCCCCUGAGGCUACACGUAUUGCACAAAGCUGCUCACCGGGGCAGGUACGUAGGUCCAGUUCCAAAAAACGACCAGACUCUCUUCUGCUUUACAGGCAAAAAUGUGAAUUAUUGAGAGGGUCUCCAACUGUCCGGAAAAACAGUAGAACACGCAAGUUGCUGCGCAGCUCCGUGAAUAAAAAUGUUCCACUACCUGAGGCAGCAGAUAAGGAAUAUGAGUCUGAGGGCAACAAGGAAAAAAUCGCCACGCCUGAGGAACCUGCAAAGGAAUCUAGCCCAAAUAUAGUUGUAGUAACAGAACAACAUGCCACCAAAAACAGUGUUUCUGUCAGUGUGACAGCAGCUGUUGAGAAUACAUCUGACGGUCUCCUUAAGGUCCCUGAGAUUCGAAGAUGUGGUAAAGGUGUAAGUCGCUCUCACUCUGACAUCAGUUCCAGGUACUCCAAAAAUUUUGCAGAUUUUGAUGCUUUUUUCAAGUACUGCGGGCUGGAUGGUGAGGUGAUCGAGUCUAUGGGGAAGGAGAACUUCUCUGCACGCUCGGAUGAAAUUGCAAUAAAUAUCCGAAGCGCGAGCGUCUCUACAUCAGAUGACGGAUUCUCCAGGAACAGCGGUGACAGUGACGGGCUAUUGGAAGACGAAUUGCAUAAAAAGACAGGCCAAGGGACAUCAGUUAUUGAGCGCAAUGCACGGAUUAUCAAAUGGCUUUACAGCUGCAAAAAUGCUGAAGAGACAGGGAAAAAGUUAAGAGACCUUGAUUGAGAUUUUCUCAAAAAUGAUUUUUUCGAAGCCCUUAGUGCCAAAUGCUUACCUGAUACUGUUAGAUGAUACAUUUUAUCCAUCACUGACAAGACAUUAAACCGGUGAGGAAAUGUUCAUGUAUUUUUCUGUCCAAUGGUUCACUCAGAGAUGGCGCUUUCUAAGAAAGCAGCUACAGGUGAUUUGUGGCUUUACACUGUGGAAAAUAUUGACGUCUUUACUAUAUGUAUGUAUGUAUGUAUUUGUGCGUUUGUGUGUGUGUUCAUGUGCAUGUGUGUCACUUUCUUUCAGUCUCUUAUUUUGGACUAUGAAGAAAGCUCCAGGCAUCCAAAAAACCCAUAGACACACUAACAGUGUUAUUUUCCUAACAUUUCUCAUCGUUAAUGUUUAAGUACAUGUAGUUUCAUGUAAUCCAGCUGGAAAUCAGAACACUCAUAUUUCAAAUUUAAAAACUCUGUUACUCCAAUAUAUUGCAUGUUUUCAUCUGAAUCCUGGAUACUCUAUUUCUCAAAUAAGUCUAGUUAUUGGCUUGCAUGUUGUGUUAGGAUAUUGAGAUUCUACCAUAAACAUUUCAGGUCAUCUAAUACUCGUCUAAUACUCCAAGUUCCUCAACAGUGCCUUCACCAUAAGCAUGAAAGUGCACUUAAAUCACAAUUUAUAUAACCUGUCUCUUUCUAAGUUUCUGAUCUAAUGAGUGCACUCCCCAUUUCUCUCCAGGUGAAAGGUGUACAUUCCAUUGCAUGCAUACACACACACAUACACACACACACACACACACACACACACACACGCACACACACACUUGCAUUCUUUUUUAAAAAGUCAAUAAGAGAGUUGUGCUUCUUGUACGUUAUUGAUUCUUAUUGACAGUGAUAUAACUGGCAAAAUCAUUACAUUUAACUGUAGCCAAACUAAACAGCUUGAAGAUGUAGUUAUUUCCCAGAUAAGGAAUCAGUUUUUUCCCAAGUCUUGUGUGAGAGGAAUGUACCUAAAUAAUCUGAUAGGCUUAAGUCCAGUGACCCGUUAUAACAGUAUCUCCACUUCCAUCCCAAUCUUUGUCUGCAUUGUCUCUAUUCUGCUUCUCUCUCUCUCUCUCUCUCUCUCUCUCUCUCUCUCUCUCUCUCUCUCUCUCUCUCUCUCUCUCUCUCUCUCUCUCUCUCUCUCUCUCUCUCUUUCUGUCUUGUAGCCAGGUUUCUUUGCAAUUGCGACCUUAUCAAAGCUUAGAGGCCGUAACAUGGGGUGGAACAAAAGCAUAGAACAGACUAUUGUUGACUCAGUGUGUCAAACAGAUACUCUCUCUCACAAACACUGAAACUAACAUUAAUUACUGCAUAUAUACAGUAUGUGAGUGCAUACACAUUGCUCAGCUGCACUGUAGACACACCUUUCAAUUCUACAGAGGCCCAUCUGACUGUUUAACAUCAAGGCAAGUCAUGUCCUGCCCUCUGUUUUUAGUAAGACCCUUUCGUUAAUGCUUGAUGUUCAGCUAAUGAUUCAGUGGAAACAUUCAGUGAAAGUAGUAUUAUACCUUACGUGGCAUUAUAACCUCUGCUUCAACCUACAGAAAUGUAUAAAGUUAACAAUGUGAGACAAAUGACUAAAAAUGUACACUAUGUGCAUUGUUGUUGGCUCAGAAGUGUCUUUUCUAAAGGUGUUAUUAAGCUCUUAUUACGCUCAAUUACCAUACUUUCACACAUAACUGCAAUAUAACCCCACCCCUGACCCAAACCAUCACUUAUAACUGUUUUUGCUGCUGCCUAAACAUUUUUUAAUACUGAAGUAUCAUGUAAAUCUUGUUUUAUAAAACAGAAAUAAUGUAAGAAUUGUUUACAAGUGAAACUGUUAAAUUGCCACUGAAUUCAUUUUUGGAGAAAUUGUUUGAUUGAUUGGUUGCAAAUGAGAGAGGAGUGAAUAUGUGUUGUAUUCAAAUGUUUUAUCUUUUACAAAUUGCACAGAAGACGUGUUUGUGAGUAGUCAUCCAUGGACAGACACAAUACACAGACUGUAGUGAUUAAAAAUGUUUUGAAUAUACUGUAUAGGGCCUUAAGGGGGCAGUACCUAACAACAAGAUUGAAUCUUCUUGAAACCCCAUAUUAACCGGUCAGUCAAACUGUGCCAAACAUCUGACUGUGCUGUAAUCCAAAGUAACAAUGCCCAAAGGAAUAAUUAUUACUCAGCCAGUCUGGACAGAUGCUUGGUAUGUUCUUUUUAGAUUCAUUUGAGAGUGACAAAGCAACAAGUUUUGUAUUAGUGUUUAGUAAAUCAUGUCACAGAUUAACCUUCAUGUGUAGAUUGAGAUUUAAGACUCAUUUCACAAAAAUAGGACUUGUGAGACCUGCUCUUGACUGCUGUUACUUAAACUUGAAUCUAGAGCUGCAACAAUUAGUAGAUUAAGAUUAAUUAGUCAAUUGACAGAAGAUUAAAAUUCAACUAUUUUGAUCAUUGAAUAACCUUCUUUUUUAAGGAAAAAUAUCAAACAAAUCUGGUUGCAGCUUCUUAAAUAUGAUGGUAAAUGAUAGUAAACUGAAUAGCUUUGAGUUUAGGACUGUUGGUCAGACAAAACAAGAUAUUUAAAGAUGUCCCC